AUUAGUCCUAUUGACAUCAGUACAGAUUACAUUUCAAUUGUAUAUAGAUAUUUAGUUGACUUGUGUUAAUAUUGCUGAAGUUCUAAUUUAAAAACAAAACAAGAGGCUUGUCUUCACUGCAUUGUUAUCUUGAAGAAUAACUUGAAUGUUGUCCCUUACCUGCCUCAGGUCUGCACAUAAACAUCUCUAGCUAAAGUAAGUGGUGCAUUAAGCCUCAGGUAGAUGCCGGUGGCUUGUUGGGAUGGAUGGGUUGAAGCUUGAGUGCAGGUGAAGUUUGCAUAGUAAUGCAAUCAGGACUUUGCUUACAGUCCAGUCCAUUUAAGAAUCAUGAAGUCCCCCCCCCCCAUGCCUUCCUGAAACUUCCACCCAGGCUUAAUUGUUAUUUGUCCCCCCCUUGUAUCUUGAUUGGACAUUAUCUACCGUGUAUUAAUACUCAGUUUGAUACUUGGACCCAGUCUUCCAUGUGGCCCUUUGCACCUGUAGCAUUUGUUCUAGCUCAGCUAUUAAAUCCCUGAAGUCACUGUACUGCUGGGAAAUGACUAAGUGAAACCCUGGCAAGCUCACUUGACUACAGUUUGACUGGGUGAUUGCCAGAAUGCAGCUCUAUACCUAGGCAGCUCAAAGGCCUCUUGAGAAGUUCAUGAGUGAUUCCUCAUGGAGGACCCUGAGCUGGGUCUGUUUCUGGCUGCGGAGCUCUCGGGUGAGGCAGAACCAAUGCUAGGGGCCACAGUCACUCCAUCCUUGACCAAGAGUCUGGGGAGAAGAUGCUGAAACAGCAUUACUUCAGCCAGCCCUUCUGCAUAAGUGCAGUCCAGCCUCCCACCCAAAGGCCAAUGACUAUCAGCACCAAAAUCUAGAAGCAGAAGGUAGAGAACACAGGAGGACCUUUUGAGGGACUUGGGCAGAAGGUCUGACCUGCUCUUCGAGCUUCAAAGGGAGAUGCUGGAGAAGGAACAGCAAUUCCAGACUGCAGCUAAGAUGAUGUUGGAGAGGGAGAAAUGCAUGGUGGCAGAGUCAGAUACGAUGCAGGCAGCCAAAGUGUGAGCUUUCUUACACUGGCCCAUUGCUGACCUGAGCUCUGAUUUGGAGGGACCACCUUCUAUAAGGGUCCGCUUCUCAUAUAUGCGAAUGAAGUAUCUCUUCAUCUCUUGGUUAGCAGUAUUUAUUGGCAGUUGGAUUAUAUAUGUUCAGUACUCCACUUACACAGAGCUAUGCAGAGGUCAUGACUGUAAGAAAAUAAUAUGUGAUAAAUAUAAGACUGGAGUUAUUGAUGGAUCAGCUUGUAGUAGUCUUUGCGCUAAAGAAACUCUGUAUUUUGGAAAAUGUUUGUCAACAAAACCCAAUAACCAGAUGUAUUUAGGAAUCUGGGGUAAUCUACAAGGUGUUAUAAAAUGCCAGAUGGAAGAAACUAUUCAUCUUGAUCUUGGAACUGAACCAGAACCAAAAAAAGAAAUAGUUCUGUUUGAUAAACCAACUAGAGGAACUACUGUUCAGAAAUUCAAAGAAAUGGUAUAUGGUCUUUUAAAAAGAAAGAUGGGUGAACAGGGAAAUCUUUCUGAACUGGUUAAUCUCAUCCUGUCAGUUGCUGAUGGAAACAAAGAUGGUCGAGUUUCCUUACCAGAAGCAAAGUCGGCAUGGGCUCUUCUGCAGCUAAAUGAGUUUCUGCUUAUGGUGAUCCUCCAGGAUAAAGAACACACCCCAAAAUUGAUGGGGUUUUGUGGCGAUCUCUAUGUGAUGGAAAGAGUUGAAUAUACCUCUCUCUAUGGAAUAAGCCUUCCAUGGAUCUUAGAACUUUUCAUUCCCUCUAGUUUCAGAAGAAGCAUGGACCAGUGGUUUACUCCAUCAUGGCCUAGAAAGGCAAAAAUUGCUAUAGGGCUUUUAGAAUUUGUGGAAGACAUUUUUCAUGGACCUUAUGGGAAUUUUCUUAUGUGUGAUACCAGUGCCAAAAACUUGGGUUAUAAUGAUAAAUAUGACUUGAAAAUGGUGGACAUGAGAAAAAUUGUGCCAGAAAUUAAUUUGAAGGAAUUAAUUAAAAAUCGUCACUGUGAGUCUGACUUGGACUGUGUUUAUGGUACAGACUGUAGAACUCUCUGCGACCAAAGUAAAAUGAAAUGUGCCACAGAAAUAAUUCAGCCCAACUUGGCAAAAGUAUGCCAGUUACUAAAAGACUAUCUGCUUUGCGGUGCUCCGUCAGAAAUACGUGAAGAGUUAGAGAAACAACUGUAUUCUUGUAUUGCCCUUAAAGUCACAGCAAACCAGAUGGAAAUGGAACAUUCUUUAAUACUAAACAACUUAAAAACUUUAUUGUGGAAGAAAAUAUCCCAUACAAAUGAUUCUUAGUAUCUUUAACCACAGAAGAAAACAUUGUUGCCACUAUAGGAGAUUUACCACUUUUUAUUAAAUGCAUCUUUGGCAUUUUUUAAAUAUUUCUUCUUAGCUCAGAAUUCAUUAACUUUCCUAACUCUUACUCCAGCAAACACUUUCUACAGUGCUUCUCAGAGAGAGAAUGUGCCACUUAAUGAAUUGUCUGCCAGAAGUUACAAGAGCCUUGUGGUUAGAAUGCUCCAUCAUGGAAAUAAAAAACCAUGUGCUUGCCCUCCCCUUGCACUGUGGCAGAAGUCUCUAAAUUGGGGUCUCCUGCUGUCAAUAUUCACUGUGCUACCAUAUUGACUAAUUUAACUUUUUUUUUUUAAAUGUUGUGACUAGCAUCAUUCAUUUGUAAAUAUCCACUGAGAAUUUUUUUUUCCAAGUAGUGUUACAAAUGCUAGCCAAAAGACCCACCAUUAGAAAUAAUGUGCUUGAGUCCAAGAGACUUUUUUGAAUGAAGUGAACAUUUUGAGGAUGAAGUUUACUAAUAACUUAGCAUGGCAGAAUUUGCACAAUGGAAAAUUUUUAAAUUGCUAAACUCAGUGUGACAAUUAAAAUUUAUUCCAGAAAACGGGGUAUUUUAGUAUGAGAGAUUUUUAGUUAGAUUUUGUUUGUAUACACUUUUUUACCUCAUACUUGCAUAUUUAUUGAAUGUUACUACAUUAGCUGAAAGUUCUUAAUUAAACAUCCUGGUACCACAUGCCAUGUUGGGAGCUAAGAUUUUAAAAUAUGUAUUUAUAUAUUUAAAAAUUUGAAUAUACUAGAGCAACAAUAUAUUGUUACACAAUUGGGAAAUAGAGAAGCUGCAAAGCCUGAGUCUUGAAAUGUCAGUAAGAUAUAAGGAAAGUUAAGCAGUAGCCAGUUUUGAAGCCAGGGAUUUUGUGGACUAGGUGAUUCUAAAAGGGUCAGGAGUUUAAUAGUUUCGGUAGCUGCAGUGUGGUAGCCUUUAUAAUGGAGAUCAUCAUAGUAAAGGUUUAGAGUACUUAGUUUGUCUUAAGUAAAGUAUCUAAAACUACAUUUCUAACACUGAUCUAGUCUAAAAGUUUGAUUUUUUUGUAGCUAAGGCUGUGUGGCAAGAUCAUCUUGCAUUUACUCUCUCCUGGUUUACUUUAACAAAUGUCUAAAUUAGAGCUAGGCCUAAGCCACAGAAUCAAAUCUAGGUCCUGAUCUGGAUUUCCCUAAACUUUGGAGAUGUUCAGAUAUGGAGUUUUUUGUUUCUAUUUGGGCCCAUCUUUACCCUAAGAACUAAAUCAAUAAUUAGUUUAUUAUUGGAAAUAUUCUCCUUAGCAUGUUCUUGUUUAAAUUUUUGCAGGGUGCUAGGUUUAUUCUCUGCAACUCUGAAACAAUGAGUGAAUACUAGACUUGGAUCAUGAGGGAAAUAACUUGUGAUCUCAUCUUAACUCCCAUUUGUCCACAUUCCACAUAAUUCUUGACUUUGCUCAGGAGUGGCUCAAAUCACAAAUGAGACUUUGCAAAACUGUGUGUGUGUAAAGCACUUGUGAACACUGCUUGGUAUUCAUCCAUUACUAACCCUUUGUAAGCACUUAAUUCACUUCUACUUUUUGUUCAAGGAAGAUGAGGAAAAAUUUAGAUAGUAUUAGUGCGUUAAUUCUUUUUACUGCUUUGCAGGUCUUUUGUGUUAAACACGCUUCUUAAAUGAUUAGUAUCUGGAUUCAACAAAAUUCUUAUUCAUGAAGGCAUAUAACAAACAUACUUAGAGAAGGUAAAAUCAUCCAUUGUCCUUCCGUGUAUGCUGUGGGAAGUAUUAAUUCUCUUGUUUUAGGUGUGGUUUUGCUUUUUUGUAAAUAUUCAGUUGUUUUGACUCUUGCACAGUAUCUACCAUUCUGCUGUCUCCUUAAAAUUGACCAAUCUGCCCUCCAAGAGGAGGCGUUAAUAUAUCUGCAACUAAUAAAGAAACCAAACAUUAAGUAUAUAAUUUUCUUAACAAAUCUGAAUGUGAAUACUAUUAUGGCUAUUAUGCUUUGAAACUAUUGAACAAAAUAGCGUGGAUAUUGUAAAUGUUUUUUGGAUAACUAGAAACUUGUCAGCAAUGCAGUUUAUUGUACAUUUUGAUUGCUACUGCACCACCUUCAGGAGCUUUCAUUUAGAGUUUUGUUUACAAUAAAUCCAAGGAAUCCUU